GGUACAUUGUGGACAUUGGUAGGCUAUUUGUGGGGAAAUCAUCUUGGUUAGCUGUAGGGCUUAUAAGUAGCAAGUGUAUUAUUUUGUAUAAUACUGUAAGCAACAUUAGAGCUUCAUAAAAAUUGUUUUCUCCCAGAGCUAGUGUAAUUAUGUUUUGGACUAUUUUACUUAGCGGAAGUGUAGAGUUUUGGUUCAGGAGUGUUGUUUGGGUGCUACUGAACGAGAGCAGGCAGUGAAUUCAGGUGAUAUCAACGCAAGCCGGCGAGACCCCUAUCAUUGCACAUCGUAUUUUACUUUUGGGGGCGUUUUGUGGACUUCCAAUACAAUACAACAUUCAUUCCUCUUCGUGUCCCCUUCCCCUUUCCUUUUUCUCCGGACAUUUGAAACAUAGAAAGCUUCAAGAAUGGCCCAGAUACUGCCGAUACGAUUUCAGGAACAUCUGCAGCUGCAGAACCUGGGGGUGAACCCGGCUAACAUUGGUUUCAGCUACCUGACCAUGGAGUCUGACAAGUUCAUCUGCAUCCGGGAGAAGGUGGGCGAGCAGAACCAGGUGGUGAUCAUAGACAUGGCCGACCCCAAUAACCCCAGCAGACGUCCUAUCUCUGCUGACAGCGCCAUCAUGAACCCUGCCAGCAAGGUCAUCGCCCUCAAAGCUGCUAAGUGCCUGCAGAUCUUCAACAUUGAGAUGAAGAGUAAGAUGAAGGCUCACACCAUGACCGAGGAAGUCAUGUUCUGGAAGUGGAUCUCUGUCAACACCGUCGCCUUGGUGACUGAAGCGGCCGUCUACCAUUGGAGCAUGGAGGGGGACUCGCAGCCCAUCAAAGUGUUUGAUCGGCACGCUAGUCUGGCCGGAUGCCAGAUCAUAAACUACAGAACAGACGAACAGCAGAAGUGGCUCCUCCUUAUAGGGAUCUCGGCACAGCAAAACCGUGUGGUGGGGGCCAUGCAGCUGUACUCUGUGGACAGGAAGGUGUCCCAGCCCAUCGAAGGCCAUGCUGCAGCCUUCGGAGAGUUUAAGGUGGAGGGCAACACCAAAGCCUCCACUCUGUUCUGCUUCGCUGUGCGCAGCCAGGCUGGGGGCAAGCUGCACAUCAUAGAGGUGGGUCAGCCGGCUACAGGGAACCAGCCCUUUACUAAGAAGGCUGUUGACGUGUUCUUCCCACCUGAGGCUCAGACAGACUUCCCCGUUGCCAUGCAGAUUGGCACCAAGCACGGUGUGAUAUACCUGAUCACGAAGUAUGGCUACAUCCACCUGUACGACCUGGAGUCAGGAGUGUGUAUCUACAUGAACCGCAUCAGCGCCGAGACCAUCUUUGUCACCGCCCCCCACGAACUCACCUCCGGCAUCAUCGGGGUUAACAAGAAGGGACAGGUGUUGUCAGUGUGUGUGGAGGAGGAAAACAUAGUGAACUAUGCCACCAACGUGCUGCAGAACCCAGACCUGGGCCUGAGGAUGGCCGUGCGUUCUAACCUGGCCGGGGCUGAGGAGCUAUUUGCCAGGAAGUUCAACACACUGUUCGCCCAGGGCUCCUACUCCGAGGCUGCCAAGGUGGCCGCAUCCACACCAAAGGGUAUCCUGCGCACAGCGGAGACCAUCCGUAAAUUCCAGAGCGUGCCAGCCCAGCCGGGCCAGGCCUCUCCUCUGCUGCAGUACUUUGGCAUCCUGCUGGACCAGGGCCAGCUCAACAAGUUUGAGUCUCUGGAGCUGUGCAGGCCUGUGCUACAGCAAGGACGCAAGCAGCUGCUGGAGAAGUGGCUGAAAGAGGACAAGCUGGAGUGUUGUGAGGAGCUUGGUGACCUGGUUAAGCCAGUAGAUCCUACGCUAGCCCUCAGUGUCUACCUCAGAGCCAACGUACCCAGCAAGGUGAUCCAGUGCUUUGCUGAGACCGGACAGUUCCAGAAGAUAGUGCUCUACACCAAAAAGGUGGGCUACUCUCCAGACUGGGUGUUUCUGUUGAGGAAUGUGAUGCGGGUCAGUCCAGAACAGGGUCUACAGUUCUCUCAGAUGCUGGUGGCAGAUGAGGAGCCCCUGGCCAACAUCAACCAGAUAGUGGAUGUGUUCAUGGAGGGAAGUCUGAUCCAGCAGUGUACCUCCUUCCUAUUGGACGCUCUGAAGAACAAUCAGCCAGCCGAGGGACACCUACAGACACGCCUACUGGAGAUGAACCUCAUCCACGCCCCCCAGGUAGCCGACGCGAUCCUUGGCAACCAGAUGUUUAGUCACUAUGACCGCGCCCACAUCGCCCAGCUGUGUGAGAAGGCUGGACUGCAACAGAGGGCUCUAGAGCACUACACUGACCUGUUCGACAUCAAACGGGCUGUCGUACACACACACCUGCUCAACCCUGAGUGGCUGGUGAAUUUCUUUGGCGCCCUGUCAGUAGAGGACUCAGUAGAGUGUCUUCAGGCCAUGUUAUCAGCCAACAUCAGACAGAACCUUCAGCUGUGUGUCCAGGUGGCAUCGAAAUACCACGAGCAGCUGGGAACAAACACCCUGGUGGAGCUCUUUGAGUCCUUCAAGAGCUACGAGGGUCUGUUCUACUUCCUGGGCUCCAUAGUGAACUUCAGCCAGGACCCUGACGUCCAUUUUAAAUACAUCCAGGCGGCCUGUAAGACAGGGCAGAUCAAGGAAGUGGAGCGCAUCUGUAGAGAGAGCAACUGUUACGACCCGGACAGGGUCAAGAACUUCCUCAAGGAGGCUAAAUUGACAGACCAGCUGCCGUUGAUCAUAGUGUGUGACCGCUUUGACUUUGUCCAUGACCUGGUGCUCUAUCUCUACCGCAACACUCUGCAAAAGUACAUAGAGAUUUACGUUCAGAAGGUGAACCCCAGCCGUCUGCCUGUGGUGAUAGGAGGUCUGUUGGAUGUAGACUGUGCUGAAGACGUCAUUAAGAACCUGAUCAUGGUGGUGAGAGGACAGUUCUCCACUGAUGAGCUGGUGGCAGAGGUGGAGAAGAGGAACAGACUGAAGCUGUUGUUGUCGUGGCUUGAGUCUCGUAUCCACGAGGGCUGUGAAGAGCCGGCUACCCACAAUGCCUUGGCUAAGAUCUACAUUGACAGUAACAACACCCCGGAGCGCUUCUUGAAGGAGAACACCUUCUACGACAGCGCUGUAGUGGGGAAGUAUUGUGAGAAGAGAGACCCCCACCUCGCCUGUGUCGCCUAUGAGAGGGGCCAGUGUGACCUGGACCUUAUCAAGGUGUGCAAUGAGAACUCCCUUUUCAAGAGUGAGGCUCGCUACCUGGUCCGACGGAAAGACCCAGAACUAUGGGCCAACGUUCUUGAGGAGAAUAACCCUUAUAGACGCCAACUCAUAGACCAGGUGGUGCAGACUGCUCUGUCAGAGACCCAGGACCCAGAGGAGGUGUCUGUGACGGUCAAGGCCUUCAUGACAGCUGACCUGCCCAAUGAGCUCAUUGAACUACUGGAGAAGAUUGUACUGGACAACUCAGUCUUCAGCGAGCACCGAAACCUCCAGAACCUGUUGAUCCUGACGGCCAUCAAGGCAGACCGGACGCGUGUGAUGGAGUACGUCAACCGCCUGGACAACUACGAUGCCCCCGACAUUGCAAACAUCGCCAUCAGCAACGAGCUCUUCGAGGAGGCCUUCGCCAUCUUCAAGAAGUUUGACGUCAACACCUCCGCCAUUCAGGUCCUGAUCGAGCAAAUCAGUAACCUGGACAGAGCCUAUGAGUUUGCAGAGCGUUGUAAUGAGGCCGCGGUAUGGAGUCAACUGGCCAGAGCCCAGCUCCAGAGAGACCUGGUUAAAGAGGCCAUUGAUUCCUAUAUUAAAGCCGACGACCCGUCAGCCUACAUGGAGGUGGUCAGCGCUGCCAGCAAGAACAAUAACUGGGAGGAUCUGGUGAAGUUCCUUCAGAUGGCUCGUAAGAAGGCCAGAGAGUCGUAUGUAGAGACAGAGCUCAUCUUUGCUCUGGCUAAAACUGUCAGACUGGCCGAACUGGAGGAAUUUGUCAGCGGCCCGAACAACGCCCAUAUACAACAGGUGGGAGAUAGGUGUUAUGAAGAAGGGAUGUACGAUGCUGCCAAGCUGCUGUACAAUAACGUGUCCAACUUUGCCCGCCUGGCAUCCACGCUGGUACACCUAGGAGAGUACCAAGCUGCUGUGGACAGCGCCAGGAAAGCCAACAGCACACGCACCUGGAAGGAGGUGUGUUGUGCGUGUGUGAAUGGGGAAGAGUUUCGAUUGGCUCAGAUCUGUGGUCUACACAUUGUUAUCCACGCUGAUGAACUGGAGGAGCUCAUCAGCUACUACCAGGACCGGGGUUACUAUGAGGAGCUGAUAGGCCUGUUGGAGGCCGCGUUGGGUUUGGAGCGUGCUCACAUGGGCAUGUUCACUGAGCUGGCCAUCCUCUACUCCAAAUUUAAACCCCAGAAGAUGAGAGAACACCUGGAACUCUUCUGGUCCCGUGUCAACAUCCCUAAGGUGCUGCGAGCGGCGGAGCAGUCCCAUCUGUGGGCAGAGUUAGUGUUUCUGUAUGAUAAAUACGAGGAAUAUGACAACGCUGUCCUCACGAUGAUGUCACACCCUACGGACGCUUGGAAGGAGGUGCAGUUCAAGGACAUCAUUGCCAAGGUGGCCAAUGUGGAGCUGUACUACAAAUCCCUUUCCUUUUACCUGGACAACAAACCUCUGCUGACGAAUGACCUUCUGACCAUACUGUCACCACGGUUAGACCACAGCCGCACGGUCAGCUACUUCACCAAGGUUAACCAGUUGAAGUUGGUAAAGCCUUACCUGAGGUCAGUCCAGAGUCAUAACAACAAGGGAGUCAACGAGGCCCUCAAUAACCUGCUGACUGAGGAGGAGGACUACCAGGGUCUGAGGGCGUCUAUCGAUGCAUAUGAUAACUUUGACACCAUUGGUUUGGCCCAGAGACUGGAGAAGCAUGAGCUGAUUGAGUUCAGACGCAUCGCAGCAUACCUCUACAAAGGCAACAACCGCUGGAGACAGAGCGUGGAACUCUGCAAGAAGGACAAAUUAUACAAGGAUGGAAUGCUGUACGCUGCUGAGUCUAAGGAUGCUGAGCUGGCUGAGACCCUGUUGCAGUGGUUCCUGGAGGAGGGCAGGAAGGAGUGUUUCGCUGCCUGUCUGUUUGCCUCCUACGACCUGCUGCACCCUGACGUGGUACUGGAGCUGGCCUGGAGACACAACAUCAUGGACUUUGCCAUGCCAUACUUCAUCCAAGUCAUGAGGGAGUACCUCACCAAGGUUGAUGAGGUUGAGGAGAAGGUGACGGUGGAUAAACUGGAGGAGUCAGAAAGCCAAAGGAAGACUGAGGAAGAAGUCACAGAACCCACCCCCAUAGUUUUCGGUCAGCAGCUGAUGUUGACGGCAGGCUCGGCUCCAGUGGCACCCCAGCCUGGAUACCCAGGAGGCUACGGAUACGCUGCCCCAGGCUACUCUCCCCAGCCCCCUUACAGCUACAACAUGUAGACCACCUCUACUCCCCCCAGCCCCCCUACAGCUACAACAUGUAGACCACCUCUACUCCCCCCAGCCCCCCUACAGCUACAACAUGUAGACCACCUCUACUCCCCCCAGCCCCCUUACAGCUACAACAUGUAGACCACCUCUACUCCCCCCAGCCCCCCUACAGCUACAACAUGUAGACCACCUCUA